AUGGACGAGCACGGAUUGAAGAUUGAACGAAAAUCUAAAAAACUGGAAAUUUCCAUCGCGGAGCAUGUGAACAAUAUGAGCAGCUAUUACCAAAUGAUGAACCAAAAAUUACAUGUACAUGUUAAUAUAUUUUAUAGGACGACUAGCCAAUUUCACAAAAGCUUUGUGCAACAGGUUUGGAAAUAUUUAGCGGAGAAUGGCUACAUAUACAAAGGAACUUAUAGAGGGUACUACGACGUAAAUGAAGAAAAAUAUCUGAACGAAUUUGAGUUAAAACAGAAGAGAAAAAACGACCCCAGUGUUCUCUACAUUGAGGAAGAAAAUAGCUACUUUUUUAACAUUUUAAAAUUUAAAAAUUUCUUAACAGAUUUAUAUCAACGCAGUGAAGAGGUUAUCUACCCAUCCUACCUACAGAAGGAGAUGCUCCAUUUUGUCAAUCACGAACUGAAAGAUGUGUGCAUAAGUAGGUACAACACACAGUGGGGAAUCAAAAUUCCUGGCGAGGAAAAAGGGACCAUCUACGUGUGGUUCGAUGCGCUCCUGUCGUAUGUAUCCUCUGUGUUGCACAUGGUGAAGAGGAGGCAACUAGGUGGUGGAAGGGACUCCCCCGGUAUUCUUUCCCCACCAUGGGGGGGCUCACCUGACGGGGAAAGUUCGAAUGGCUCUCCAUGUUCUCCUCCCUCGAACGAUGUGGAGAAAGACGAACUUGUUUGCUCCUAUGAAGACAUCUUAAGCAUAGUCCGUUUGGGGAAUUCCCGCCACGGGGAAAGCGAUCCCCACAUGAGGAAUCAGGCGCCCCCAUCUGAUAUGACCCCCUCGGAUGGCACCCUUUUCAGGCUCUUCCAAAAGGCAUGGAACCCAGAAGUACAGAUAAUAGGAAAGGACAUCCUCAAAUUCCAUGGGGUGCUUUACAUCUGCCUGCUGCAAAGUCUUCACUUAAAAUUGCCGAAAAAAAUACUAUGCCAUGGAUUGAUAAAAAGCGAAAAUGUGAAAAUGUCAAAAACGAUUGGCAAUGUGAUAAGUCCAUUUGAUAUUGUGCAGAAAUAUGACACAGAUAUUGUUAGGCUAUACUUCUUCGGCUGUGCCAAUAUUUUUGAGGAUAAAAAUUUUAAGAAAACUCAUCUUGAGUCGUUUCAACUGUUUGUUCGAAACAACGUUGGAAAUUUAAUCUACCGAGUUGUAUCCCUCUGUGUGGAUAGUAAUUAUUUGAAUAUCUUUCAAAUUGGAGAAACCGAUUUUUUAGAGUCCCCCAUUUUGAGGCAAUGCUCAGAAAGCAAACAGAAGUUAGUAGCCCUAAUUCAUAAUAGGGAGUUCCCCCUCUUUUUGGAAAAUUUGAUGACGCUGAUAAAACAGGUGAACAAAUUUUUCGUCCAUCGGGAGCCCUGGAAGUGUACUGAUGAUUCUGUCCGUUUUAAUCGAAUAAUUUAUGAGACCCUGGAGGGCAUAAAAUUUGUUUCCGUUUUUUUGUAUCCCAUUAUGCCGCAUAUCUGUUCCUCCAUUUUGCGCAACAUCGGCUUGGACGUCUCCCCCGCGGGCGGCGCUUCCCUGCUCAUGUUGGCGGAGCCAACGCGUCAGUUCGCCCUUCGCGGUUUGAUUAAGAUCGUGUGA